CGCGUCACUCGUUCCGCUCUGUGGCAAUGUGCGAAGAAGGGCAGCAUCGUGAUCGGGGCAAAAGACUAACGCACAGGUUCAAACAAGAUCGCGAGUUUGCGCAGGAGACCAAACGUGGGAUGACAACAAAAGCUUCUCUCCCCUGCUAUGCGCGCAGCGACACGCCCGUCGAAGCCUAGGCGUGAAUCGCCGACUCCGCCACGGCGCCCCAUCCUCGUCGGCGAUUGCGUGAAUCAGAACGUUAUUGGCUCUGUCCAGACACCUCGCGGGCUUGCCGCAGCAGCCAUGGGUAGCUGGGUCGCAAUCAACGCUUCCUAGGCCGUCACCCCUGUAUCGUGACCGGGACGACCGAAGUCGCUCAGGGUGCUCUGGCAGCGAAGCAGCAUUGGAGCCCUCUUCAACCUGCCUCAUCCGUCAGGUGGAUGCCCUCUCGCUGAAGACCCUUGACCCUGAAGAAGAGACUGAC